CAAGCAGUAAGGAGAUUCUGGCAGCAGCGGGAGCUGAGAAUCAGAUUCACCACGAGGAGUGUUGUCACCAUGAGAGACUGUUGGAAGGAUCGCCACGUUAUUCACUCUGUCGGUCUGUCUCUCUGCCAGUCUGUGUGUGUCUCUGCCAGUCUGUGUGUGUUUCUCUGCCAGUCUCUGUGUGUUGAUCCGUAAAGAACAUUGUGGAGUGUGGACCAUGAAGCCGAAUUGUAUUUUACAUCCAAAUCAGCAGAAACAGACAGAAGAGGAACUUGGGACGGGAGGAGAGUGAUAGCUGGUGAUCUCUGAUAAAAACGAGCAGCAAUAACAGGACCCAACCAGCCACUCUCACUGAGGAAACGAUUAACCUGUCGUGGUUUAUUGACCCGAACGGACAUCUGAAGAAUAUUCAAAUGGACCUCCCUUAAUAAAGGGAGAUGUUCAGGACCAGAUAGAAACUGGUCAGUACCGAAACAUCUUACAGAGGAACCUUCAUCACCAAAAACAUCAUUUCUCACUGAAGAAAGUCUUCAGUACCAAAACAACUCCCGGAGGAAACUGUUACGAACCAAUAUAUCUCUUACGGAAGACAGCUCAGUCCCAGCGAGCUGAGGGGAGUCAGGAUGUUCGGUCCCCAGACGACAUUAAACCCAGAUUGGAUUUGGCUUUGCGUCUCAUUGUGGAGUGGAGGAGAGGAGUGGAGAGAAGAGGUUUCUAUUUGUGCUGAUGGUGUGUGAUCGAUAGAGAGAGGACGACAUCGUGAGAUGGCUGAUAAUUCAUCAACGCCAGUAUUGAUAGAAAUACAGAAAUAUGUCAAAUAAUAACAAUGUCUCAUCAAUGUAAUCAAUCAUCAAUGAACAGACAGUGGACUUAAGAUAAACGUGUGGAUUCAGGAGAAUGAAAGUCACUAGUUUGGAUGUCAUAUUCAGGGGAGCACAAGUUGUACAGAGAGGAUAAGGGAGGACAAGUCUCAGACCCUGGCAAGAACAUAGACACUCUUCCUGUAUUGAUUGAGAUUGAGUGAUUUGCGCAACAUGCAAGCGCAACAGGUUAGGUUUGGGCAUGCUAGCGAUUGGUUAGGGUAAGGUUAGCUUUGGGCAUGCUAGCAAUUGGUUAGGGUAAGGUUAGCUUUGGGCAUGCUAGCAAUUGGUUAGGGUAAGGUUAGCUUUGGGAAUGCUAGCAAAGUGGUCAAGGUUCAAAUAAGGUUUGUAAACAAAAACACGCCAAAACAACACACCUGGAUUCAAACCGCAUUACAAAGUCCUGGAUUCAAAGUCCUGCACACUACGACCUCUGCCACCCUGUUUCCACUAACAGGCUGGAACAAUCGGAAUGGACUGGGAUCUUUGAAUGCUCAGACACUGAUUGAGACGGUCCAUGCACUGGAUAUUCCAACUCAAUUGUAAGCUAACAUAAUCAGCGAAGCAGACUUCAAGUGGACACUAUGAUGUUGUGUGUAACUGGUUGGAGGAGUGUGAGGUGGACGGCUCGGCCUGGUCAGAGGAGUGUGUGCACGUGUGUGACGCAGGUGGUUCUGAUGUGUCUGACUGUCCUGUCUUCCUGUCUGUCCGUCUGGGCUGAAGACCAGAUCAUCUUCGACCACCAUGCUGUCUACUGGAACAGCACGAACCCCAGGUUCCACCAUGACUACAGGGUUGCGGUCAAUAUAAAUGACUACCUUGACAUCUACUGUCCAUUCUACACCAACGGCCCUCCGGCUCACGGUCGAAUGGAACGCUAUAUCCUGUUCAUGGUCAACCAUGAGGGGUACACUUCCUGUCAACACAGGAUGAGGGGAUUCAAGCGCUGGGAGUGCAACCGUCCUACCGGUCCUGACGGUCCCCUGCGCUUCUCAGAAAAGUUCCAGCUGUUUACGCCUUUCUCCCUGGGCUUCGAGUUCAGACCAGGACAUGAAUACUACUAUAUCUCAUCUCCUCAUCCUAACCAUGUAGGGAGGCCAUGUCUGAGGCUGAAGGUGUAUGUCAGACCCCCAGGCAGUUCAGGGUUUGACUCUCCAGAGCCCUUUCUGACUGAUGGAGCUGCAGACUGGAGCCCAGAGUCCCUGCUAGCCCCAGCCCUAAUACCCAGCCUGGCCUCACUGCUACUGGGCUAUCUCUCAUCGCUGUGACCCCUCCUACACUGGAGCAAGACCUAGACCAGUCUUUGUUGGAAGACUGCCUGUAGGACUGGCUGGCUGUCCUUCAAACACCCACACGCUCAGGGAGAAACUCUCUUUCAGUCCUGGAUUAAAAACCACUGUGGGUCCCCAGGACAACAUUUACAGCUCUUGGGCUAAUUCAUGGAUGAAGAGCCCCUUGUCUAAACUUAACCCUAACCCCUCUGGGGUGUCUGAAGGGACAUGGAUGUGGGGUGGUGGUCGUUGGCUGGACACACACAUGCAUGACCACUGUGAAUCUGGACUGAACUGACGGUUUCUGUUAUGUUAACAUGAUCACAUAUAAUUUAACUGAAGAUGGUUCCACUGAUGUCAUGGUUAUAUUUGAAAUGGACAGUUAAUUAGAAUUCCAAAGUGCAGAUUCUGAUCUGACACUCAGAAGCCUUCUGAUGGACAUAGUUACUGCUGCAACGCCCAGCCCACAGAGGGAAGAGUAGAAGGAGGGGGAGAGGGAAACAGGCAGUGUGAGAGAGAAAUAAACAAAGAAAAGGAGAGAGAAAGAAAGAGAGUCUCGGGACCGAGACUUCUUUAAGAUACUUCUUUAAUGUCGGGAAGAGAACAUAAUGAGAAGGCACUGUGUUCACACACACACACACACACACACACACACACACACACACACACACACACACACACACACACACACACACACACACACACACACACACACACACACACACACACACACACACACACACACA